AUGAAUGAUAUUGAUUCUUCAUCUUCAAAUCAAAUACCUAUAGUGAACACACAAUAUUAUAAUCGACGGAAUUCUUAUAUAUCACAAGGCCUGCUGCUGCUGCUGCUGCUACUACACACACAACCACAGCGUGCAAGUAGUAUAAAUUAUCCUCACCUGCUCCAAAAUCGACAUUUGAGACAAUCUCCAUUAUAUCCAUCGGCUAAAUUAUAUACUCAACCACAACAAAUUUUCAAUUCCGAGUGGUUAGAAGAAGGAGAGUCGCCUAUCAAUUCACCAACCAAAAAUUCACAUUUAAUAGAAAAGGAGCAGUCGCUGUCCAAAAUGUCUGCUACUGCUACUGCUACUGCUACAACUUCCGCUACAACAACUACUACUAAUACAAACAAAUAUGAUACCCCAUUAAAGAAUAAUGCUCAAGCUGCUGCUGGGUUUAGUUAUAUAACCCCGCUAUCCGACAAAACUGAACAUAACCACCACAACCACCACAACCACAACCACCUGGUCCACCAUCACCUGCUCCAGCAUAUAGGUGCAACUACUCAAUCGAUAUCGUUACCUUCACCAGUACCUAUAAAAUCGAUAAGAAUCAGUAAUUGGAAAAUAUUUUGGUUAAUGUUGAACGAUAUUGUUGGUAAGGACAAAUUCGCCAAGAUUGCACAGUACGGGUUGAGAUUGUUGAUACAUCAUGCUGGGCAGUCUCAAACGUAUUUGUCAGACGACAAGGUGAAUAUCAAGACUAUACGUUUGAGAUAUAAUGACUCGGCAAAGCAAUUGGAUUUGUUAAAGAAUUUUAUAAAGCAUCCUGCAGAUUUUGUUAAGAUUAUCAUUAUAUUAGUAUGCUCCAUUUUCAAAACUCGUUUAACUGGGAUGGUCAAUGGGUUGAGCAUGUACAGACAGUUUCUUAGAUUUGGUAAAACACCAUUUAGGAUGAGAGACUUGAUGGUGAAACUACAAAAAAACGUUUUGGUGAAGAACAAUACUUUACAAGUGAACAAGCACGCUUUGUUUAAUAGAAAAACACUAGGACAAUUGACCUCACUUUAUUAUGGAAUCAAUGACGAGUCUAUGCUUCUUUACAAACUCAAUUUUUUGACAAAUUCAACUUACAAGAGAUUUGCCCUGAGGCACGAAUCUUAUGCUUGGUACUGUGAAACUUGGCUUGCAUUAUAUAAUGCAUACGAGACUCUCAAUAGUCUUACACAACAAGAAAUGGACUUGAAAAUUCUGAUACAAGUGAAGAACAAAGCUAGAAUAUUGUCUAAGCAAUUACUUGGUAGUGGUGCACAGAUUCUUAGUAAUGGAAGUGGACAUGGCGAUAAUGGCACCUCGGCCGAGGACUAUAAACUACUCCUGGAUAUUCAAUUCAAAAAAAAUAAUGCUUGGUUGGACGUUUAUAAGAAUAUUUGUGACUUGGGAUUUAAUACUUAUACUGUUUUCCAAAUAGCUUUGCCUUUCCCUACUUGGCAAAUAUGGAUGGGUAUAUCAGCUAGUUUUUUGAGCUGCGUCAAGUUGUAUAGAGAAACCAAACAAAAGAUGCUUUUGGAUUUUGAAAAAGAACUGAACUAA